CGCGUGUCGCGCAGGGGAUGAGUGCUGGAGGCGCAGUGGAUAAGCGGACAGUGAGGCGCUGAGAGGGAGCGCGCGCGGGGCGGAUUGAUGAGACAGUACCGGAGCGCAUGAAGGCUGGCAGGAUGAAUGUGGAGACUUUGAGUAAAGCAGAGCUGCUGAUGCUGCUCAGCAUCCUGGAGGGAGAACUGGAGGCUCAGGACCUCGUCAUACACACACUCAGGGCUCAGCACCGGGAUGCGUUUGUGCAGGAGCGCUACGGGCAGUAUGACCUCAGUGACCCCUUCCUGGCGCUGCAGCGGGACAGUGAGGUCCUGCAGGGUCGAGAGCGGGCUCAGCCUCAGGACCACAGUCACAGCCUCCGGACCCAGGUCAGCCCCAACCCGCUGGCCGUGCUGAAGCUGGUGAUGACCCACUGUAAGCGCAUGCAGGAGAAGAUGAUGGCACAGCUGGCCACCGCCGAGCGCAGACACAGACGGGUCAUUGCUGAUCUGGAGGAAGAGAAACGGCGCCAUGCCCAGGAUACAGCGGAAGGUGAUGAUGUGACGUACAUGCUGGAGAAGGAAAGAGAGAGACUAUUGCAGCAGUUGGAGUUUGAGAAGUCCCGGGCCGACCGCCUAGAGCAAGAUCAGCAAGCCGCAUCCGGUCAGGCGCAGGAGGACCUGGCCCAACAGCAGCAGAUCUCUUCAGCCCUGGCGAAAGAGUGCCAGCGUGCCAGUGCCCGUGCCCAGGAGGAGAGCCAGCGCGUGGCCCAGCUGUGUGAGCAGCUGGAGGAAGAACGCAGUGCUGCUCAGGCCCUGCGGGUGGAGCUGGAGGCAGAACGAGCCCGCGCCCUGCGGACAGAAGCUCGGGCGGAGCGGCAGCUGGCGGAAUUCGACACAGAGCAGGAGCAGCUGAAGCUGAAACUUCGUAAAGAGGAGAAGCGAGGCAAGGAACUUCAGGAGCUGAUUGAGAGCCUGAGGAAAGAGCUAGAGGAGAUAAAAGAGAGGGAGAAAGAAUCGCAAAAGAGAGCAAAAGAAGAGGAUGCAGAGGAGGUGAAGAAGGUCAAGGAAGCUCCAGCUAAAGAAGGUUUGACGUCCACCGCCUGCCAGACCGAAGUGGAUGGUAAAGCAGCCACUAUGGAGCCAAUUCAGAGACCCAGGCUCAACGGAUACCUGCUGCGUAAGGAGAGCGAGUCUUCCCUGGAUGACAAGACACUGGAAAACGGAGGGCUGGAGAACGGAGGAGGAACGCUGGGCUCUCCCGUCCAGCCUCACCAGUCGCUGUCCCCCAGUGGAACGGCCUGCUCCUCCCUAUCCUCCUCGCCCUGCUCCUCUCCAGUUCUGGCAAAGCGACUGGCCUCGCUGGGCUCCUGCAGCCCCACCUACCCCUCGUCCUACCAGGCCAGCGUCAACCAGCGCUUCCACGCCGCCCGCCACAAGUUCCAGCAGCAGGCUGAACAGGAGCAGCAGCAGCAGCACCAUCAGCCUCACUCGCCCAGGGACCUUUCACCCACCACAACGCCUCCACCUCCACCCGAGAACUCCACAGCCAAGCAGAUCGCCCGCAACACCGUCACACAGGUGCUGUCACGUUUCACCAGCCAGCAGGCAGCCAGUAAACCCCCGACUCCCAACAGCUCACCAUUCGGCACAGACUACCGCACCCUGGCAGCCUCUUCGUCUUCUCCCACAGGGAAAGGGCCAGGCCCCCUGUCGCCGGGUAUCCGAUCGCCAGUCAUCCCCAGGAGCCACCCGCCACCCGUACCCCCGAAGAAGCCUGGGAUAAACCAGUCGCCUGGAUCCCCCAUUUCCUCCAGUCGAACCAGCCACUUCCCAGAGCUGUCUGGCAGCUGCGGCCUCACCAGCACACAAGAGGGCGCUAAAGAGCUGGAUCUGGUUGUGUCCUCGUCUAGCUAACCACUAUCUACUAACCACAUCAAUUACAAAGGGGCAUAAAUCACACAUUGGGCACACUGGGAACGUUGUGGCAUUCAGCACAGGAGAGAUUACAGAGAUUACAAAGCUACGAAGCUACAAAUUACUGAACAGGUGAUGAAAAGUUGAAGCUGCCACUUCUGCCACUGGCUGUACUCGGCAAUCUCCAAAAUGGAAAUCAUUAACAGGGUUGUAGAACAGACAGUUUAUGGACAUCUGGAGACUCACGUCCACCACUAUACUCUUGUGGGACUGUCACAUUCCAAGAUGUGGAAUUUCAGGGGUUGGACAAUGAAACACCUGUCAUUUUAGUGUGGGAGGUUUCAUGGCUAAAUUGGAGCAGCCUGGUGGCCAAUCUUCAUUAAUUGCGCAUUGCACCAGUAAGAGCAGAGUGUGAAGUUUCAAUUAGCAGGGUAAGAGCACAGUUCUGCUCAAAAUAUUGCAAUGAACACAACAUUAUUGGUGACAUACCAGAGUUCAAAAGAGGACAAAUUGUUGGUGCACGUCUUGCUGGAGCAUCUGUGACCAAGACAGCAAGUCUUUGUGAUGCAUCAAGAGCCACAGUAUCCAGGGUAAUUUCAGCAUACCACCAAGAAGAACCAACCACAUCCAACAGGAUUAACUGUGGACGCUGUAAGAGGAAGCUGUCUGAAAGGGAUGUUCGGGUGCUAACCCGGAUUGUAUCCAAAAAACAUAAAACCACGGCUGAUCAAAUCACGCAGAAUUCAAUGUGCACCUCAACUCCCCUGUUUCCACCAGAACUGUCCGUCACCACAAUAAAUCAUUGGGGUCUAAAACCAGGUGUUUCAGUUUCAAUGUCCAACACCUGAAUUUUUACUUUUUCUUUGAAUAUUACUGUUUUGUUUUAACAUAAAUAUAUUAUUUACUUUGAGAUUUACUUUUAUUUAUCCCUAAAUGAUAUUAUUUAGCAUUUUAGUGCCAUGCUUGUCUUGCAUGGAUAUAUUAAAAAAACAAAUAAUAAAUAGAUUUUAUGAACUGAUGGUUUUAAACUGAGCAGCAAUAACUGAUGCCUCAUUCUCAGGUAACUGAUCAACUAAAUAAGUCAACGAGAUGAAUACAUGGUAAAUCAUACAGAUCAUAAAAAACAACAGUUACAGUAGAACGUGACUAGAACGGUUUUAGAAUUUCAUUCCAUCAUUUUUAGCGGCUCAUUUGAGUCAUUUGACACAAUAAAUUUUCCUAAAUGAUAUGGGCUAUCUGAGCAAUUGUAACAUCCACUGGUGUGAACUCAGAUCUAGCUUAUUUUUGGACUAUUUUAUCCCACAUAUGAAUUCUAGGAUAGAAUAUUAAAAGGAAUUAAAAGCACACAUUAAAAACUUAUAAGCACAUUAAGGAAUCAAACCCCUGUACCACAGUUAGUGGUUCAGGAGCUCUGAUUUCUGAGUAAAAACUUGAAAAAGACUAAAUGCAGGGGGUUGCAAGUUCUGUUUAAUUAUUUAAGUAAUUGAGUUGAACCACUAUGCAAAUUCAGAUUGCGUCCACACAUUACAUUAUAUUAUGAAUGAAAGGCCAUUCUACAAAAAAACAUUUAUUAUCGAUCAUUGGUGCUCUACUGGCUUCAUAUUGGCUCACAACCGGAACAAAAAAAACAGAUUAAAAAUGAUGAUCUGAAAGUUAUCAAACGCCAUUGUUACCCUAAUAAUGAGGUUAUUUUAAGAAACUGAAACCAAUUUGAACACUAAUAAAUGUGGCUUUUUAUGUUUUGGAAGUGUUAUCUUCCUUCUGAUUGGCCCACUAAACUUAAGUCAAAGUAAUACAUUGAUGGAUUUUGUGCAUAAUGACAUUAGCUGCUACUAGCUUAGCCAAAUUAAUCAUAUUCAUUUGCCAAAAGGCCUUGAGGUUGCAUUCAUUAAAAUGACUAGACUUAAUCUGCAUACUGAACAUUAUUUCAGUCUACAGAUUUCUUGGUUAUCUUAUGUAGGAUGUGAUGCAAAACUGCUGGAGAAUCAAGGAGAUACAUUUUAGAUUUGAGGACAUCGCCCUCUAGUGUCAGCAUGGUGAAAUGACCUCCAUUUCCCAGCGUUUCCAUAAUUCCAGUGAACUACAGUGUUCCUCAGGCCUGGUGCUGAAAGAACCCUGCCCUGCGCAUUUUAGUGGAUUCCCUGAUUUAACAAAGUGUUGGGAGAUAAGAAGGCAAUAUACUUGUGCAUCUCAAAAAAAUAGAAUAUCAUUGAAAAGAUAUUAAAAUCAUAUGUUAUAUAGAUGUAUUCCACACAGAGUGAUUUAUUUUAAGUCUUUAUUACUUUUAUUAUUGAUGAUUUUAUGGCUUACAGCCAAUGAAAACCCAAAAAUCAGUGUCAAUCAGUGAAAAUUUUAAUAUUAUAUUAUAAGACCAAUUUGGUACUUUUGGCAGUGUGGGCAGUGAGUGUUGAUCCACUGUGUUUUAUUAUCAAGUCUAAAGUUUUUUUUCCCACAAAAUCUUACAGCACUUCAUGCUUUCCUCUGCUGACAACUUUUCUGCAGAUGCGGAUUUCAUUUUCCAGCAGGAUUUGGCACACUGCCCACACUGCCAAAAGAGAUUCAAGAUUUUUGGGUUUUAAUUGGCUGUAAUCCAUAAUCAUCAACAAUAAAAGAAAUAAACUCUUAAAAUAGAUCACUCUGUGUGUAAUACAUGUAUGUAAAGAACUGAAUUACUGAAAUAAAGUAAUGUUUCAGUGAUAUUCUACUUGUUUGAGAAGAACUUGUAUGUGCAGGGUAGGGUGCUUCCACGAUCAGGCCUAUGAUAGACAUACACUGUGCGAAAGUAUCCAGACACUUUGGGCAAUAGGACAUCCUCCUCUUACAGAAGAGGAGGAUGCAUAUUGAGGACUCUGUGUUUUAGCAACACUGCCACCUACAGACAGCAUUUAGAAGCUUGUACCUUAAAAAUUAGCACAAGAGCUAUGAGUCUUGAAUGUAGCUAACAUAUAGGGUCCUAGAACUGCAGUCAGACCAGACUCCCUACAGAUACCCAUUUCUGAUACCCGAAUCCAGGGUAUUCAGCUUGAAACAAGGCAGUGGCAGCUCGGUGGUUGCAGCACUGGGCUACUGAUGACAGGGUGACGGGUGUAAGAGCCAGGUUUGACAAGCUGCCACUGUUGGUACCAUGCUGAACACUAUAGCAAUGGAUUUUCCCAAAUCCAGAUGGGUUAUGGGUGAAUGCCACAAUUCACCUGUUUCCAACACAAGAUUGAAAUGGGUUGCCAGCACUGCACAGCACUACACACUCAGAGUGUACAAAACUGGGCACACAGCUUGUGUAACUGUCUUACACUAAAUAUGUAUUUAAAAAGUCCACCCAGAAUCUAAUUCCCCUGUAUCUAAUAAUGCAUGCUCUCUGUCUCCAUGUGCUGAGGUGAAGGUGAAAACACUGGCUUUCUGAACGCAGCAAUACUUACUGCUCAUGUGUACAGAAUAUUUUCCACAUUUCUAUUGUAAAUAUGUUUUUUUAAUGUUUUUAAUAUAUUAUUACUGUAGUUUAACACAUUCACAAGUCUUAAAGAGUUGUACGUAGUUUGGUAUUAGUAGUAGUUAGACCAAAAGAGAACGAGAGAGAGAGUAAGAGAGAGAGAUCGGCUUACUAGAAAUUAGAAUUUACGAAGACUUUACAAAAGCACAAAUAAGUUAUAAGUGUAAUUUUAUUAGCAACUAUCAUUAUUUGCAUUAUGCUUAAAAGAAUAGAGAAGAAAUAUAAACCUAUGGGUUAUUAUGGUUGUAUAUGACUGGAUUUGUGUUUUUUAAUACUGAAUGAAUGCUAUUACAUUCCAUGUUUUUUACCCAAUUCACACAAACCCUUUUAUUUUAAAGUGACUUUUUAUAGUUGUUUAUUUGAACUGAAGAUACCAAAUGUUGGGUUAGGGCUUCUUUCAUUUCUAUACAGUGGACACUUGAGUUAUUUUUUCCAGUUUGAUACCUCAGUACUGCCCUCCAUAAGAACCUAUACUGUACUCUGACUUUAUUAAACAGCUCAAACCUGAGCUAAUACUACUGUCUUAGUAUUAUUAUUAUUAUUUUUGUAAUGAUCAGUUUAUACUUAAAGUCAGAUAUUUUUACCUGAUGUUCUCGAUAUGAAUCGCUCGGCAGAGUGUAAACUCUUAUUUGGAUUUUUACUUUGGGAGCAAAUAAAUCAUUUCCAAGUUC